AUGGCGACGUCCUCAGGGCGCUUGAGCUGCAGGUGGGUUGGUGGGGGGCAACCAACUGAGCCAUCCAUCCAUCGCAUUCAUGUCUGUCUGAUUAUCCGCCUGUCCCCAUACGCACAUUCAGGUUGACCAUUAGAAGAGCGUUGUGGGUCGCUGCAGCGGCUGCGAGAGGUCGACAAGGCGCGAGUAGAGCUGGAAGACAGACUGACGUCAGAGAGAGCUGCACAGCGACGCAUGACAGGUGAGAGGCGCCAAUGCCCAACGGCAGCCAUCGGUGUUGCUCAUAUGUCUGUGUGUGUGUCGUGUCGGCGUGUGUCAGGCGAUCCGUCGGCUUCAGUACAAGUUGGACCACGAGGCCGAGGAGGCCCUGCAAGCCGAGGGGCGCGAUAGAAGAUGCCUCAUAUAAAGACCAACUCGAACUCGUCAAGGACGACCUGCAGGCAGGCAGGCAAGUACACACUCACAGACACGUUGUCGCGACACGAGUCCAUCCAUCCAUUAUCCCUCCGUGUUGUCCCUGCAGCUGACAUGUGAGCGUUUGGAGGCGGCGCACCAGCAGCUGCAGUUGAAGCGGCAGCAGCUGGAGCAGCAGCACCGGACCACCAGUCAUACUGCGACGUACUCUCACAACAAGUCGCCGCCUUCAGCCACACGUCGCCCAGUCACUCACACAGGGCAACGAGGACCGCCUCCUCAGGUCUCACCCCCCAGGCACACCAGGCCGCCCUCGCCCUCCAGAACGCACCCGCCAACACGAUGCCGAUGCAGCAGCAGCAGCAGGAGGACAACACAUGUGGCGGCCCCGCCGUCAUUCCUGGGGAGUCCUGGCAUGGGCUGGAUGCACACCCAUGGCAUCGGCUGGGUCACGUCAAGCUGGGCGAGAUCAACAAACAGACGGACAGCUGCCGCGCCCUACCCACAUUGACGGGGCGUCCGCAUCUACGCGCAUCAGUGCUACUCAGCCGACGGCGACGGGCGGGUGGGCGGACCAAAGCACCCCAUGUCAAAGGCAAGCUGCGCAGCUCUCGACGGGCCUACCUGCAGAUCGAUGCCGGCGGCUCUCCACGGAGAGGGAGAGGUUUCGUUGUUUGUUUUUCCUACCGCAGCUGGCCGCCAGGCGACCGACAGUCAAUCGUCUCGGACACCAUACGCGCACCCAUGGCCAAGGACUCGACGGCAGCAGGCCCCUCACGUGUGUUGGGGCACGCCUCACGGCAGACGACCACGGGCUGGAGGAAGGCGGCCAUGACGGACGGCAUCAGCAGCGGCGUCGCUGCAGCGUCCCGUAUCGGCGUAUGUUGACCGAAUGCCUUCGCGUGACCUCAUACAAAUCAUUUGUUGUCACUUCUGCAUGUGUGCUGUGGUCAGCCAGAACAUACCAUUGCACGUACACCAUGUCAGGCAUGUGUAGACGUAACCUCAAGCGAAAUGCGUG